AUGACUGGUUCCUCCAAGCCUUGGUCUCUUAUCGAUCUACUGAAGGGAUGGCCAAAUCCGUUUCUGCUGCCCGCGGUCCAGAUCAAGAUAGCCUCCUCUAUUGCUCUCUCCAAUGCUGACAUCUCCACCCCCGGUCUCCUUUACGGACCUGAUGAUGGAUAUGGACCGUUGCGAGCACACAUCGCCGACUGGCUUACGCAAUUCUACCAGCCCCUCAGCCGGAUAUCGGCCGAGCGAAUCUGCAUUACUGGAGGGGCCAGCCAGAACCUAGCAUGCAUUCUCCAAGUCUUUUCAGACCCGCUUUUCACGAGGAAUGUAUGGAUGGUGUCCCCAACAUACUUCCACGCUUGUCGGAUCUUUGAGGACAGUGGCUUUCAUGGUCGGCUGCGGUCUGUGCCCGAAGAUGAAGAGGGGGUUGAUGUUGAAUACCUGAGAAAAGCGUUGCACCAAAGUGAGAUGAAGGCGCAGGCAGAAGGCAACACGCAGCCGACUCUGAAACCUACACGACCAUGGAGCAAGAUCUAUCGGCAUCUCAUAUAUGCCGUUCCUACGUUCAGCAACCCGUCGUCUAGGAUCAUGAGUCUCCAACGUCGUGAGGAGCUCGUCCAAGUCGCCCGCGAGUACGAUGCUUGUAUCAUCACGGAUGAUGUCUACGAUAUGCUACAAUGGCCCACGGACAAGACUGCCGUUCAGCCUAGCAGAGAGCAUGCCUAUCUGCCUCGUCUUGUCGACAUCGAUCGGACAUUGGAAGGCGGUGCCGAAAGGGAGGGCUCUGACGGAUUUGGAAAUGCCGUCAGCAAUGGCAGCUUCAGUAAGAUAGCAGGGCCGGGGUGUCGAACAGGCUGGCUGGAGGGUACACAGAAGUUUGCUUGGGGGACUUCUCAAGUUGGAUCGUCGAAGUCCGGUGGGGCACCCUCACAGCUGACCUCCACUUUUGUGUCAAACCUCAUCGAGUCAGGCGAACUGCAGCGUCACAUCUUCAAAACUUUACAACCUACGUAUGCCCGGCGAUACCAAAGCAUGAUCACGGCCAUUGAAGAACAUCUACUGCCCUUGGGAGUGAAACUACCUCAGACAACUCGUGACGUGGUGGGUGGCUACUUCAUCUGGCUGUCGCUGCCCGCUCCGAUGCAAGCCGAAGAGGUUGCAGUGCGUGCACAGCAAGAGGAGAACCUCAUCAUAGCGCCUGGGCCCAUCUUUGCGGUCUAUGGCGAUGAGAAGGCAGUAGACCUCGAGAGGAAGGUCAGAGUAUGCUUUUCGUGGGAAGAGGAGGCAAUGCUGGCCGAGGGUAUCCAGCGCCUUGCUCAGGUGAUCGGCAGGAUGCAAAGGAAUCAGCGCCAGCAAGAGGAAGCGACACCAUCCCCGCGAGAAGGAAGCAGCUUCCUGGUAGAGCGACACCGUUGA